CCACCCUCACGCGCACAACAGCUCCGCACCACCGUCCAUCAGUCCGCAGGAGCUACCGCAUCACUGCAUCGACUUGCGCAGCCGCUGAUUUCACAGCUCGCCUCAGACUGCAACUUUUACGCACCCCGAUUUUCCUUCCGUCAUCUUCACCUGGCCAGCUCGAACAAGCACACAGCUUCCUGCGCCUCCAAUUCGAACAUCCGCCACCAACACUAGUCUUAGCUCUGAGCACACACUAUCAACAUGGCAGCAACCGAGUCAUCCGCGCCUACUAAUGGCGACUAUGUGCAAAACAGCGAAGGCCAGCCCGCACAACAGGCCGCUGCUUCGGAAAUCCCCAAGGACGAGGUCGGCUGGUACUUUGUCGAGCAGUACUACACCACUCUGAGCAAGAGCCCAGACCGUCUCUUCCUCUUCUACAACAAGCGCUCGCAGUUUGUCUCUGGUGUUGAAGAGGAGAAGGUCAAUGUCUGCGUUGGCCAGAAGCCCAUCAUCGAGCGCAUCAAGGAGCUCGACUUUAAGGACACCAAAGUCCGCGUCACCAAUGUCGACUCCCAGGGCUCUGACGCCAACAUCGUUAUCCAGGUUGUUGGCGAGAUCUCCAACAAGGGCCAGCCCCACAAGCGCUUCGUCCAGACCUUCGUCCUCGCCGAGCAGACCAACGGUUACUUUGUCCUGAACGACAUCUUCCGCUACCUCGCUGAGGAGCCGGAGGAGGAGGAGGAGGCUCAGGAGCCUGCUGCGAACGGCGUUGAGGAGCCUGCUUCCACUGCCACCGCUUCUGUGGAGCCCGAGGCCCCCCAGGGCGAGGUUGCCAGCAGCGAGGAAGACUUGACCAAGGUCGAUGAGAAGCUCGAGGAGGUCGCACAGGAGGAAGCUCCUGCAGAGGAGACUACUGCUACCGGCCCUACUGAGGUGGCUGCCGAGGCCGAGAAGGCCCCAGAGGUCGAGGAAGUCGCGGCGGCCGCCCCCGAGGAGGCUCCCAAGGAGGCUGAAGCUCCCGCUGAGCAGAUUGUUGAGGAGGAGAAGCCCAAGGAACCCGCCCCUACACCCGCCCCCGCUGCUAAGUCCGCUGCUCCUGUUGCCAUGCCCGCUGGUCCCCCGAAGCUCGCUGCUCCUCGCACUUGGGCCAGCCUCGCUGCCUCUGCCCACAAGGUCGCUACUCCUGUACUCACCGCACCCGCUGCCCAGCAGGCUCCUAAGGAGGCCAAGGCUGCAGCCCCCGCGCAAUCCGCCAGCGGCGCUUCGGCCCAGACUCCUGCUGCCGCUCGCGAGCAGUCCCCCACCACAAGCCAGGGCGAGACGGCUGGAUGGCAGUCAGUCACUGGUCACAAGAAGGAGCAGUCCCGCGCACAGAACCAGGCACCCGCUGCCGAGGCCGAUCAGAAGCGUGCAUACAUUAAGAACGUGUACAGCCAGGUCCAGGAGGGCUCCCUGAGGGCCGCUCUUACCAAGUUUGGCGAGAUUGAGUUCCUCGAUCUCAGCCGUGGCAAGAACGCCGCCUUUGUUGACUUCAAGACUCCCGCUGGCUACCAGGCAGCCGUUGCUGCUAACCCCCACACUGUCGACGGUGUCGAGCUCAAGGUCGAGGAGCGCCGCACGCGCCCUCAGCAGUACUCUGGCUCCUUCCCCCGUGGCGGUGGUUCUCAGCGCGGUCGAGGUGGCCCAGGUGGCCCUCGCGGCGGAUUCGUUCCCCGUGGCCGCGGUGGUGCCGCUCGUGGCCGUGGCGCGCCUCAGGAGUCCUGAGCGUAGCAGCUUGACACACUGCGCUUCGUUUCCACUUUGUGUCCCUCUCAUUUUUCGAGUCUUUAGCGACCUUUACCGUUCCAUAACGAUUCACGGCUUCUGUUAUGUGUACUGUAUCCGACCUCGUUCAGCUCUUGUAUAAAAGUCACC